AUGGAUCCCUAUAAAAAUAUUAGUUAAUACAUCAGAUUCCAUCAUCAGUCAACAGAUUUCUCAAAUUCACAAAACAAAAUUCCUGGAACAUAAUCACAUUGUAACGACACUAUUCGGUAUGAAAGUCAGCAUGCAUAACCAAAAAUAUGUGUACAAUAUGAAAGCAAUUUGGAAAAAAAUAGGGAAAAGAUUUAAGAAAUUAAAAAAUUGAUCUCAACUUCUAAAAAAUCAAAUCCCUUAGCAAUAAAGAGUUAAAAUAAGUAAUUAAGCAUAAAUGAAUCCAAAAUGAAGAUAGAAAUACCUAAACCCAUUCGCAAUGUUUCUAAUUUUUCUCAUGACAGCAGAAUUUCAACUACAAACAGUUAAACAACUCCAUUAAGGAGUUCUAGUCAUGAUAAACAACAUAGUUACAUGUAAAUGUCAAAGAAUUAUAAAUCUCCAUUAAAUAGAUUUAAAAAGAUUAAAUAUUUAGGGAGAGGCCAUAUAAGCGAUGUCUAUUCAGUGAUUGACACAACAACUGGAAUGAUAGCAGCAUUAAAGACGAUACAAAAGUCGUUGAUAACCAGUAAAGGGAUCUAAGGAUUAAUAAAAACGGAAAUAGCAAUACAGAGUUUAAUAAACCACUAAAAUAUCCUUAAGUGUUAUGGAGUAAUUAAUGAUGAGAAAUAAAUUGCUUUGGUUUUGGAAUUAGGAGAUAUAACAUUACUUAAUUACAGAAAGGAAAAAAGGUUAUAAGAGAAAUAGAUAAUAGACAUAAUAUAUUAGGUGUUAAAAGGAGUCAGUUUUUUGCAUUAGAAUGGGAUUAUUCAUAGAGAUAUCAAACCUGAAAAUAUUUUAUUGUAAAAUGGAAUUGUAAAGCUGGCAGAUUUAGGUAUUUGUGUGAAGGCUGCAGAAACUAAUUAAUAUUGUGGAACUCCUGGAUACAUGGCUCCAGAAAUAAUGGAUAAAAAAAAAUAUAAUAACAAAGUAGAUUGUUUUAGUAUUGGUGUUUUGUUGCAUGAGUUGUUAUUUGGAAAACUACCUAAAAUAGGUUAAAGAAUUAAUGGGGAUACACAAUUGAUUAAUUUAAUGAAUCAACUAUUAGAAGUCAAUCCUAAGAACCGUUUGAGUUGUAAACAGGCUUUAGAAUACGAUUUAUUCAAGCUUUGUGAAAGGAAAGUACUGAAAUAGACAGAAAUGAUAAAGAAUACCAUUUUAUGGGAUUGUUGAAAUGAAAUUAUUCGAAAAAUCGACGAUUUUGUUUAUAUCUAAUUUAACAAUAUUACAAUU